AUGGAGUUCUCUUUAAGUUUACCGAUGUCUAUUAGGAUGAAACAGCGUGAUUUUUUGCAGUGUGAUUUAGUGACAUUCGAUUACAGUGGAUAUGGUUUUAGCACUGGGCAAGCAAACGAAUCUAGUGUAUAUGAAAGUAUUAUAGGUGUUUAUAGGUAUAUAAGUAGUUGGCGCGAAAUUACAAAUAUUACCAAUAUAACAAAAAUUACAAAUACUAACAAUAUAACAAAAAUCCAAGGAUAUUCGCUUACAUAUUGCCUUGGAAGCUGGAUCAGUUUCACCAUCAAAACCGUGAUAUUUGGCAAUCAAAUCGAAGACUAA